AUGUCGAUUACGUCUCUCCGAGAACAACUCGAACAUUCUGACAAUGUGUUCCUCAGGGUUCCGAACAUAUACAAGCCCCUGCAGACGGUGAAUGCCGUCAUUCUCGCCAUUUGCGUCGGCUCCACUGCUGGUUCUGAAAACGGAAUUCUCUGGUUUAUUGUGAUAACGUCGAUGUUGAUAUCCUUCACCGCUACCUUCAUUUUUGCUAUUGGCGUACAAGACACGAUAAUGGACAGCAUAUCGAACGGAAGUAUCCCGUGGAGCCUUGUUGAACUCGUUUAUUCGUUUGUUCUUGCGGUUUUAAGUAUGAUCUCUGUUUGGCUCUCAUUCGGCUUCGCUAAUCGACAUCUCGGCGGAACUUCCGCAGGCUAUAUUGCAACCGGACUCUUCUCGAUGGUACAUUCAGCACUCUACGGCAUACCAUGUGCGAUUAUCUACGAUACUAUUAGUACUGAUGGUGACCAUCAUCAUCAAGUGAACAACAUCCAACCUGCCCAUCCAUACCAUGACGAGCCCUACCACGACAUCUAA